UGUUGCUUCAGCUCUAGUGCUGUACUAACAAAGGACAUGAAGAAAUUGCUGACGUCAGUCUGUGAAAGAUUUCCUCUUCUCGUGAGACAAUCACUUUUCUAACUUUGACACGUUGCUUGGGGUUGUGCGCAGUCUUUCUUAAUUUAAUCCACGUAUUAAUUUAACAGUUACACGCAUUUUAGCUUUUCUGUGUUUUUUUUUAUAUAUAUAACUGGUGUCCGAUUCUAUUUUCUGUGGUACUGCAGAGCAUUACCUUUUUUUUUUUUUUUUUUUUUUUUUUUUUGAAAACAAGGACCGGAGAUGAAAUACUGUACAGUCUGUACUGCUGUCGCCCAGCUCGUUUUGCUGCUGACUUUACUAACGGGACCCCCUUCUGGUAAAGCAGAAGAAGCCUCUUGUCAUGGAGCAUUUGAUCUUUAUUUUGUGUUGGACAAAUCUGGCAGUGUAGCAGAAAACUGGGGUGAAAUCUAUGGAUUUGUAGAGCAACUCACUCAAAGAUUUGUAAGCCCAAGGAUGAGGUUGUCCUUUAUAGUGUUUUCAUCUAAAGCUGAAACCAUGAUGCCUCUGACUGGAAACAGAGAUGAAAUUAACAAAGGGCUUGAGGAAUUGAGCAAAGUGAUCCCAGCAGGUGAAACAUAUAUGCACGAAGGGAUCAAACAGGCACGGAUACAAAUAGAAAAGGAAGGGGGUUUGAAGACAUCCAGUAUUAUUAUUGCCCUUACAGAUGGGGUGCUGGUGGAUUUGCUGCUUCCAUAUGCAAAAGAAGAAGCAAAAAAAGCAAGAACUUUGGGUGCAAGAGUGUACUGCGUAGGAGUUAAAGAUUUUGUUGAAGAGCAGGUCGACAUUCUGCAUGGCUGCCUCAUGGGAGGUUCUGGAGAAGUUAAACUAGUGUUCAGAAGAGACACAGGCAGCACUGAGGAAUUCAAAAUAAAGCUUGCAGAGAUUGCUGACACCAAAGACCAAGUCUUCCCAGUCAACGAUGGAUUUCAUGCUCUUAAAGGCAUAAUUAAUUCAAUUUUGAAGCAGUCCUGCACUGAGAUUUUAAGCGUUGAACCGUCAAGUGUGUGUGUUAAUGUGUCAUUUUCAGUUGUUUUAAGAGGGAACGGCUUCAAACUAGGUCGAAACAGAGUCACUUGCACCUUUGUUGUCAAUGAAAAUACAAUUAAUGAGAAGCCAAGUGAAGUGCUGGAUAAUUAUCUGGUCUGUCCAGCGCCCACGCUACAUGAAGUUGGACAGACGAUGGAUGUGCUGGUUAGUUUAAAUGAUGGCCAGUCCUUCAUAUCCAGUGCUGUUACAGUCACUGCCUCAUCUUGUGUUAUUAAAGAUCCUCCACGACCACCACCCCCAGCUCCAAAACCUGAACCAGAAGAGGACCCACUGCCAAACAAGAAAUGGCCAACUGUAGAUGCCUCGUACUAUGGCGGUAGAGGUGCUGGUGGGAUAAAACGCAUGGAGGUUCGCUGGGGAGAAAAAGGAUCGACUGAAGAAGGUGCCAGAUUAGAGAAAGCUAAAAAUGCUAUAGUGUGUGAGCCAGAGAACACUGAAGAGGCAAUUCUAAGGAAGCCUGCCACACCUCUCCCUACAUCCCAAACCCCUGAAUCAAAAUGGUACACCCCAAUCAAGGGUCGUCUGGAUGCUCUGUGGGCCUUGUUGCGGAGGCAGUAUGACAGAGUGUCCUUAAUGCGCCCACAGACGGGUGAUAAGGGUCGUUGUAUAGACUUCAGUCGUGUUCAGAGCUAGUAGAAGAAAACUAUUUGGGUACAUUCACUGCGGUUGUAACUACCUACUGAAGACAGCAGUAAACUGGUUACCAGUUUACAAAGAACCUCACCGCUUUGCCUUGAAACCACUAUGUCUUUUGGCCUUCCUUGAAUUUGUGCAUUUUGAAGCAUAGAUCACCUGGUUAGCUCUUUUAAAUUCUUCUGCAUUCUAAAGCACCUUAUUAAGCUUUUCUAUCUUAAUAACCUACUGGUUUUAAUGAUGAAAGGGCCUUCAAUACACCAUCAGUCCCACUCUGUGCCGUUUGGUUUAGUGAAGCACUUUUGUGCGCACCGAAUACUUAUCAUAUUCUGCCCAUGUUGUGCCUUCUGUGGAAAACCUAAUUUCAUAGACACAGACGGCAGCGAUUUAAACAAAACAAAUAAAAUCUGAGAUAGAAAGAAGCUGGUUGCUGUUGGCGAGGAAAUAAAAAUAAUCCCGAUGGGCCUAACAAGUACCAAAGUCUGUUGCCUUUUGGCGACGUCUCAUCACAAAAUCUGUCCAGCUCCACCAUUAUUUAAUGCCUAGCGGGAGUGUUCUGACUGAAAAUCUUGUCAUUUUAACGCUGAAAAGUGCACACGCAUGACAAAAUGUAGACAGGAUGCCCCAAGGUAUUGGAAGCAGCAAGACUUUGCCCUUUUUGAAGACACCUUCCUUUCUUUAUGCACCGGGACAGAAAAAUUAAUAGAGCGUUAUUGUACUGAAAGACAGCCUGUAACCAAAGAUCUUGGGCAGGGUUUGAGGGUCUGAUACGUCAAGACCUUGACAUGGUGGCUGGUGUUUUAUUUUCAUUUUUAUCACCACUGUAAGUUCAGCAACGUAUAAAGCAUCAUCAUCUAUAAACAUACCUGUCAGUUUUAGGAUUUUUUAAAAUAAAAAUAAAGCAGUCUCAAUGCUGGUAUCUCCACUGUUUCAAAUCUCCAAGGGUCCCUCUGCGUCACAACCCAGCAACUCUCUUUGCAUGAGAAUCUCAAAGUUUAAUUAAUAUAAUUAAAGGCAACAGCAAGCAGCAGCCUGUGAAGAUUUUGAUCAUCUUUUUUAUGCCUUUUGACAUUGAAUGACCUAUUGCUGUAUAUGCAUUACUCUGAUUUUGAGGAGCACCACCAUACCUUGGUAACAAAAAAGGGCACACUAUUGUUCAUUUUCAGAAUUUAUUUCCAUAGAGCCGCACAGGCCCUUGCAAACACAACAAGCGAUGUGUUUAUUGUAAAAAAUUUUAACCGCCCUGUCAUGUUGGCAAUCCCAAAUGAUGUUAGUGUGAGCGGAAACACUGUGGGGGUGGAAGGAGGCAGCAGCUGAAGAAAAAGGCUCGAAUGAUCUAGUCACUUUCGAUACGAUACUUCAGAUGCAAAAUGGAUAUUCGAGUCGAAACCUGACAAAGCGCGCCUGCUUUGAUGUGAACUGGUAUAGACAAUGACCAGUGGCUGGGUCAGUGGGAUGUCUCUCUGCAAGCAGGGAAGCUUAUCAAAUGACACUAAAAAUAAGUUCAACAACCAUCAUGUUUGAGGAGAAUAGGCGAACAAUUCACAUUUGGUGGGCAUGCAAGUGCGGGAGAUGGGAAUGGCGUGGCAAAGUGUUCUGGUCUAAUUAUUCCUUUGCGCUCUUCAUGGAAAUAGCAAGGGACAGAAAUGAUUCUCUUGGUCGACUUCCAAGUGUGUGUGCCUGCCGGAAGAAGUUUUUACGCAAAGCCACUUUCAGAAUCUUUUUCUUAACUUUUAUUCAUGUCAACAGUGCUAUUAAAAAGCUACUACGGCACAUAUACGCAGAAAUAAAAUGUAUUUUACCUU